GGCUCAGUCAUCGACGUUGCAUCCUACUUCUUGCGCACCUGACAAUUCACUCAACGAGACGCGCUUGGACUAGACACCAGCGCACACACCUGAGCAGAGUCGUCUCACCGAGCACGGAUGCAGUGUCAGGCUGGAGUGGAGCACAUGUUGAUGAUUUAGCCUUUGUCGCGGCUUGCGGAGAAGAAGAGAAAGCAAGAACAGAGACCUGUUGAAAAGUGGGGUAAAGGGUAAGGGGGGAGAGGAAAGAGAUUGUGGCGGAAGAGCAUCGCGUUAGUGCAGACUUCCAGGUAUUUGGAAAGCUCAGGAACAUUUUGAGGCCGCGUUGUGAAAAUACACAGGGUUGGGGUGGAUAUGAGGAGGGAGUAAGGGAAGAGUUGGGGGUGGGUAGAGAGGAAGGGGCGGUGGUGCAGGGGAGCGCGUGAACUUGCAAAGUCUUCGAGAAACCUAGACACAAGUUGCUGUGGGUUUGUCGGACUCGACCUUCUUCUUCUUAGCCUUCCGAGGUGAAGGCUGGCUCACGUGCUGCGUGGCAAUCAAAUCGAUGGUUUUUGUAAAGAAAUAAAUUCUGAAGGUCCCUAUGAUGAUGAGAGAACAACAUUAGCACUGUCAUUGUAACUAGUAUACCGCUUCUUAACCUUAAAAUGAGGAGAAGGUGAAUUUAGAAGAUCAACAAUAGCUCUGUCUUUUUCUGAUCGCAAUGCUUGCCUAGGUGAACCUUGUGAUCUGGAUGUCCUUGUUUUAGUUUUUGAAUGUCUUCCGAUCGCUUGUAAGAAAGAUUAGUAUGAGUUUCAUGCACUAAUUUGUACUCUUAUAAACUACCAGUCAUACAUAAUGAGAGGUAUUACUUUAGAAAUUCUCUUAGUGGUGUAAUAUUUCAAAGAUGGAGGGCAUCAUCACUCAGAGCAUGUUCACUCAGUAAUGUCUUCAACUUGCAGUGGACCAAUUUUGCACCUGGUGCAUACGCUCAGAAGUCUGCAGGUCUCGCAGAAGAGCAGACCGUUUUGCAUGUCAAGAACGACGUGUAAACAGAAGGGUUCGUUCUAGAUGCAAGGAAAGUCCUCUUAUCAGGAAAGAGGGAUCACUGAGUGCCAUACAGCUGAAUUGUAGUUCGGAUGGUCAAGACUGAUUAUCACAAAUCGAUGCUCUAAGUAGUGGCAAUUUGGUUAAAGGAGGUAGUAUAGGGCUGUACUAGAAGAUCAGUGUAGAGUUGCGUAGUCGCCGGAGGCGCUUUGCAGUUGUAUCGCCAGGUAUGCUGAAGGAAAGGGUGAAAACUAUGCGUAACGGGUCGGAGAUGAGGUUGGAUACGAGUGCUCUACAACAUACAGACCGAUGUAAGGUCUCGAGGCGCCUGCUUGAUCGUGACUUACUUGCGUCUUUCGAUCAGGUGUGUUCCCACGUGAUAGAUCAUGUUUAUGUUGGCAGCGGCACUGUGGCUAGGAGUCGUGAGAUCCUGACGGAGAACCGUAUCACACAUAUACUCAACAGUGCUGGCUUGGCUUGCCCCGAGUAUUUCCCUGAUGAAUUUGUAUACAAGACUCUUUGGCUCAAGGAUAGCCCUUCGGAGGACAUCACGAGCGUCCUGUACAUCGUUUUCGACUUCAUUGAGGCGGUCAGAGAGCAGGGUGGUCGCGUAUUUGUGCACUGUUGCAAAGGAGUGUCCCGGUCCACAUCUUUGGUGAUUGCCUACUUAAUAUGGCUGCAGAAGCGUACAUUUCAAGAUGCAUUCAACUUCGUCAAGGGUGCUCGAGCAGUGACCAAUCCUAACCUCGGAUUUGCUUGUCAGCUGCUGCAAUUUCAGAAACAGUUACAGAAUGCACCUGCUCUGAGUAACAAGCUUCGAGUCUAUCGCAUGGCUCCUCAUUCUGCUCAUGAUCCGCUUCUCUUGGUGCCAAAAAAGGUCACUGGUCCAGACACACUCUCUUUCGACUCUCGAGGCGUUUUCGUAAUCCAUGGACAGUAUAACCUCUAUGUGUGGCAUGGACAAGUUAGUGACGUGCGAAUGGCCAAGGCUGGGCAUGAAUUUGCACUCCAGUUAAUCCGGUAUGAGCACGUGGAGGGUUCUCCUGUGAAUGUCAAUGAGAAUGACGAACCUGCUGAGUUUUGGGAGCUUCUUCGAACUGGCAUUUUCAGUAGAACUAGUAGUGAUGUCUCAACUUCUGGAUCCGAUGCACCUAUUCAACCCCAGAAAUCAGUUGAAGAGUCGUCGAGUGUGAAUUGUUACGUAGUUGAUGGUGACGUGCUUUUGAGGCGUUUACAAGGGUUGUGCCCUGGUGGAAAUGAUACUUCGCGUGCUACUGAUGAAAGGGGAUGUGAAGAGCCUGAUUGUAGAUUCUCUCCUGCGGGGGGCUCUGGCGCUGGUCAACACGAUUGGAACGAUUCUGGCCGAGUUUGCAGGCCAUUGAGGACUCUUUCGAUAUAUGACAAAGAUUUUGAGUUGUUCGAAUCUGCAAAAGAGCUGUCUGAAAAGAAUGAGUCAUCACCUGCGUCGAAGGAUAGCAACGGAUGGAGGCGAUUAAGAGGAAAGUUCUUUUCAGGAGCUGACAAUGUCGGAGCUGCUCCAUCUGCGAAUGAAGGGCUGGCGGCCAGGCAAUAUCUUGAGUAAUUUACUCUGAAGUAUCUGUGAGCAAGGACUUCUAUUACGAUAUGAUUUCAAUGAAUUGCAAUUGCUCUACCGGCUAGCUCCCUCUCGCCGUGGCAUUAUCAUCCCUGUUCCUGCCCAGUUGUACUGCGUUAUGAGACAACUCCACUUUAUUCUCGUGACUAUCUGACCAAGAUGUGUCCUUGACAAAGCUGGCUCUCCUCGGGUCCCUUGUGCUAUCCCAGCAAGUCGAUCUUUUCAAGAGAGCAAUAGCUUUCGUCACAAAGGGUUGUGCCGUGACGAAGGUUGCUUCAUCGAGCUCAGGACCUACAAGAGGUUUUUGAAGCUGUAAUUCAAAAUGAAUCAUCAACUGAAGAGUGAUGGUUACAUUGCUUAAGUGGCUCAGCCCGAGUUUUAAGUCCAAAAUACCAGUGAAGUUAAAUCAGACUAUGGACGUAGCAGGUGAAACCUUUUGACAUGCCAGUGGAUCAUCUCCCCCUAAUGUGAUCAUUCUUUGAAGCACAUCAGUAUAUUCAGAAAUAACCUGAGUUGUUGCUUCCUUGCAUAUUUUCUUCCUCUUU